ACUUGCAGUUUUAAGUUAUUUUAAGGUGUUUUAUUAUAUAAAGAUGGCUAGAGACAAGGUCAAGAAGAGGUCAUUGGCACCAAUUACCAGGGAUUAUACCAUCCAUUUGCACAAAUGGGUCCAUCGCGUUACCUUCAAGAGGAAGGCACCCACCGCAAUUAAGAAGAUCAAGCAGUUUGCCUCAAAGGCCAUGAAAACAAAGGAUGUGAGAAUCGACACAAGACUCAACAAAUUCAUAUGGUCCAAUGGUAUCAAGAACUUGCCCAAGAGAGUUCGCGUGAGAAUUUCACGCAAGCGCAAUGAUGACGAAGAUGCACGCGAACCCAUGUUCACUCUCGUCCAGCACGUUCCUGUUGAGGAUUUCUCUGGUCUCCAAACAGAGGUUGUUGCUAACGAAUAAUUGUGAAAUUAAG